AUUCCCCCUGUCUGACACGAAGAAAGAGAAAUCAAACAAACAAGAACAAACCCAAAAUUCGAACGUUGGAAAACAGCAAAGGAAAAGGAUAAGGAGAAAAACUGAUUAAACAACGCGAUGUCGUGUUCGGUUGCCGUAAGUAACUCCCCGGUGUUUUCUCCGUCGUCGUCUCUGUUCUUUAACAAAACUUCGAUCAUCUCUCCCUCUCCGGACGCUUUGAAUUUGACGUUGACUCACCUCAAACCGUCGUCGUCUCCAGCUUCUCCGUCUCCCUCUUCGCCUUCCUCGCCUUUCAGGCUCCGGCUUCAAAAACCGCCGCCUGGGUCUUUGUUAUCUUCGUCUUCUUCUUCUGCUUCGACGUCAUCGUCUUCCUCGGGUUCGGGUUCGACUGCAGGUCUGGGUCCGGGAUCGGUGUCGACGAUAUUGAAGAGGAAGAGGCCGGCGAGGCUAGAUAUACCGGUGGCGACGACGGCGAUGUGUUUUGGUGUUCCAACGACGCCGUGUGAGGUGCGGAGAGAGGUGGAGCGAGAAGGAGAUGGAUAUACUGUUUAUUGUAAACGAGGGAGGAGAGAGGCUAUGGAGGAUAGGUUCUCUGCUUCUGUUAAACUCCAAGGAGGUUCCAAACAGGCAUUUUUUGGUGUUUUUGAUGGACAUGGAGGUGCUAAAGCUGCAGAGUUUGCAGCCCAGAAACUGGAGAAGAACAUCAUAGAUGAAUUUGCUAGAAGAAGAGACAACACUAAGGUAGAGGAUGCUGUUAAAGAAGGUUACUUGAAAACAGAUGCUGAGUUUCUUAAGGAAGAUGUUACCGGUGGCACAUGUUGUGUGACAGCUUUGAUCCGUAAUGGAAACCUUGUUGUGUCGAAUGCUGGUGAUUGUCGCGCUGUUAUGAGCAGAGGUGGUGUCGCUGAAGCUCUCACAUCUGAUCACCGACCUUCAAGGGAGGAUGAAAGGAACAGAAUUGAGACUUUGGGUGGCUAUGUGGACUUAUGCCAUGGUGUUUGGAGAAUUCAGGGUUGCUUGGCUGUCUCCAGAGGGAUUGGAGAUCAGCACCUUAAACAGUGGGUAAUAGCUGAGCCAGAGACAAAGAUUAUUAGUAUCAAACCUGACUGCGAGUUCUUAAUAUUAGCCUCUGAUGGCUUAUGGGAUAAGGUUAGUAAUCAGGAAGCAGUUGACAUAGCUCGUCCUUCAUGCGUAGGCAUCAAUAAGCAAAAUCCAUUGUUCGCCUGUAAAAAGCUUGUUGACCUUUCAGUUUCACGAGGCUCAUCUGAUGAUAUUAGCGUGAUUCUGAUUCAGCUGGGGCGCUAUAUAUGAUUGUCUCAUUUCUAAAAAGUAGGCAACCAAUUAACUUGUAGGAUUGACUCUACCCAGUAGUUUCCCAAUCCGAGAGGACAAGAAUCAUUCAUUUAGAGGUAGUUGUUGGAGGUGUUUCGAGACUCAGAUGCGAGAGCAGUAGAGCAGGAUUUAGUCUUUAUUUGACCAUUCUUCGUAGGAAUUACGCACGGCUGAAGAAGAAGAUCACAGAGAGACUCAGUUUGUAAACUUGUUUAUAUAUUUGACAUUCAUUAACCUUUACAGUUGUACAUCUGGAUAUUCUUUAUAGAAACAAUUUUCCAAUAACAUUCUUUUCAACUUUGCCUA